UGCUUGAAAAGAGUUUUUAUUAUAUCAUUAAAAUUUAUCAACAAAAUAAAUCAAAAUUCAAAAAAAAAAAAUUUCUGGAUCAUUUUCGAUAGAAUCAUGAAUGAAUUGGAUUCAAAAUAUGUAAAUCUUCUUGGUUUGAAUGCAUCCGAGCUAUCUGUACAGAUAUCGAAUCGAACAUCAGUCAUUUAUCAACCAUCGAUAGUAUCGGCUGUUGUUAGUGCAGGUGAUAAUAUUUCUUCGAAUGGUAAUUCAAUUUUAUCUGCUAAUCAUAAUCAUCCAAUAUCAUCGACCACAACAGAUUCCAAAAAAUUAUCAUCAAGAACAGCUAUAGAUAUACAGCAACAACAACAACAACAUAAAAUUUCAACGGAAACAGUACAGAAUCUGAUUAAUCAUCAUCAUAAUCAACAUCAUCAACAUGAACAACAGCAACAACCGCAUCAACAACAACAACAAUCAUCAAAUACAAAUAUCGUACAGGAUUCAAUUAAUAAUGAUGGUACUAUUGAUGAAAAAGCUAAACCACCAUAUUCAUAUGUUGCACUUAUAACGAUGGCUAUAAAAAGUACACCGGAAAAACGUUUACCAUUAUCAAGUAUUUAUGAAUUUAUUUAUACAAAAUAUCCAUUUUAUAAAAAAGAGGAUAAAGGAUGGCAAAAUAGUAUUAGACAUAAUUUAAGUUUGAAUGAUUGUUUUGUUAAAAUUCCACGUGAAGUAACAAGUACAUCGGAACGAAAAGGUAAUUAUUGGGCAUUAAAUCCUAUAUUUGAAAAUAUGUUUGAAGAUGGAAAUUUUAAACGACGAAAAAAGAUUAAGAAAAAUCGUAAUAAUUCAUAUGAUUCAAAAUUAUAUCCAUUGACACAUAAUCGUCAUUCGAAUCAUUCGUCAUCAUCAGCAGCAGCGGCAAUUUCUCAUCAAUCAGCAUUUGAUCGUCGUGUUCAUAUUGGCCAUUCGAAUACGGCAAUUACAUUGGCUGCAGCACAUGCAGGAAUGGUUCCAACUAAUUUAGCUACGAUUCCGGCAUCAACAUUUACAUUAUCGAAUGAUCGUACAAUGAUUGGAAAUGUACACGAUUCCACAGUCAAUACUGUUCGUCAUCAUUCUCAUCAUCAUACUGGUUAUUUUAACAAUCCAUAUCAUCAAACAUCCUGUACGCCAACAAGUUCAUCAUCGAUUUGUGAUGCUACAUAUUGGUCAUUACCUAGCCUACAAUACAGCCCGAAUCCAUCAUCAACGCCAACAUUAUCUACAUAUGGAUCAUCAAACAGUACAUUUAAUCCUUGUUCAACAACAAUCAAUUUAACAGCUACAACAGCAACAUCAACAAGUGCUAAUAAUUCAGCAUUGGUCGCAUCUUAUGUUGAACAUCGUGCAGCAGCAGCAGCGGCGGCUGCUGCUGCUGCAGCUGCGGCAGCCGUUGCAAGAAAUGGAUCAGCAUCCGAACUUGGUAGCGGAGCUGGUAAUAGCACAACAAAUGAUGGUACAACAUCCGGUGCGACAGUUACUACAUCAACUGGUAUUUUAUCACCAAUUCUUUUCGAUAAUGCUAAUGCUAUGCUACAUUCACAACUUCGUUAUAAUCCAUACUAAAAACAUAAUUGAACAAAUAUUUUUUAUUUACAUAAAUUUAAUCUUUUUUUUUCAUAAAU